UUCGUGGAUCGCCCCAACCGCGAACACACGAGGAAGUCCCACUGCUCCCACUUUCUCCCUCUUGUCUGCCCUGCCCACUGCCCAGACAACUGCACUAGCUUGCCUCUAAGCCUAACAGGCUAACAGACUAUUAGUAUUUUGGAUGGGCCCUCCCCCGUCAACAAUGAUCGUCCUCUCCUGUCGUGCUCCUCACUUCCGGCCAUGAGACCGUCCCCCUCACGCGAGGAGGCCUGCACUGCAUAGAUCUACCGUCCGUCCCUGUCAUCCACUGUAUUCUACCGAUAAGCACGCGCCUGUGGACUGGACCACUUCCCCCCUCUCCGGCCGCUCAUUCCAAUGAGCCCGCGACUGGCGCAUAUCUUCUCGCUCUCGUAGACUGUUGGGUCUCCCAGCAUGGCGUCCGCAAUGGAUGCGGGCCUGCUGCCCAUGAUCAAAUGCUCCAAUUGUGGAAUGAGCGUGGAAAUCUCCGCCAUGGGGGAUCAUGUGUGUGCCAAAUCCACGCCAGCGAUUCCCUCCCCCUCCCAAUCGCCUCCGCCGCCCCCGCCCAAGUCCGACAAUGUGUUACCCGCCAGAAAUCCAAGCGAUGCCUGGGCCUCCAAGCCCGGCAGGUCAGGCCCUCCGCCUCGCAUCGACCCUGCCAUGGCCAAUCGUCCCUUCUUGCAUCCCGCGAGUCCGGUAGCCGACCACGACCCUCUCAUCCCCUCUCCUCUUUCUACCUCGUCUCCAUUGAGGGCACUGCAACGGAGCCAUACGUCCCCUUUGCCCGACGAACCGCAAUCCCCGGAUUCGAUCAACCUAGAAACCGCCUUUGCGUCAUUUCCCCUACCCCGCUCCAUGUCGGACAGACGACCUGGCGGGAUGUUGGAUGUCAAGGGAGGCAAGGCAGUACCGCCCAUGCCGUCCCCGCGAUUCGGAAAGCCACUGCAACGGGAUGCAGACGAUGUGCCUCCUCCUCCGCUACCGAAAGAUGACCCUCCCUCGGCCGCUAUGGGCGCCGCGCACAGACAUGGCGCAUCGAUAGACAGCAAAAGCAGCUACAGGACUUCAUUGGCCAGCACCCGAUAUGGAGAAAUCCGAAACUCGAAACGGUCGACUUUUAUGUUGAGCCGCCGGCCGUCGUUUGGAAGCGUGGCACGCGAUCCCUACAAGUACUCAGAAGACGCUCCUCCGGUGCCGUCUACUGCCCCGCAGGGGCUGCUGCACCCGUCGAGAAUCUCCCAGUCCUCCGUGGCUGAAGUCGCGGACAAGCGCGAAGGUAAAGGCGAAAUAUACAGUGGCUUCGAUUUUGGGGUCUCAGACAGGCCAACGAGCGCCAGAGCGGAGAUUGACCAUGUGCACGCAAGCGCGCUACGAGUCUCGUCGCAUAGCGGUUCCGAUCGUCUUAGCAGCUCCCGCGGCUCCGCAGAACUCUUUUUCCAAAGUCCGGCCCAGAGUUCGUACGGACCUCCCGUCGACUUUGAGCUUCCGGGGGAGCCGCUAGCCUCUCCGGCAACGCCGGCCAACGGGGAAUACAAAGCCUUCAAACCCUCCAGCUCCGAAUUCCUUCAGCCCGCGGAUGCGGAAUCUGCACGCUUCAACGAGCGCGAGACUAGCCAGAGGAAGGACUCGGACACCACCAGUGAAGGGAACGCCUCCGUCUCGAAUUUUGCGCGAGCCCUGGGACUCGAUCUCCCCAACAACCAGGACAACAACGUGAAUAACUCUAUCACCUCGUCGGACUCGUCUCCCUCCGAGACGCGGAGCGGCACAUCUCUAUCUAGUCUGCCAUCGGAGGCCAGCAUGUCGCGACGGAAGCCGUCCGAUCAGGGCCGGCUAGGCCUCGUGGUCGAGGAGUUGCAGGGUGCAAAGAAACCCGAGCAAGGUGUACUGGACGAAGCCGUCGUAGAAAGCCCGACCGCGCUCGAGCCGCCUCGCAUGCCUGAAACUUUGUUCAGUCCAGACUCCCCAACCGACCCGGCUAUCAGCCAGGGGAGCCUGUCCCUCGUGCCGGAGAAGAUCCCCCGGAGUCCCGAGGAGGACCAGCCACCUCGACCCCCUGUGCGGGCCGCGACAGCCCCAGCCCCGCGACCGGCGCCGCGCCCCAAGGGGCCCUGCCGUGGCUGCGGUGAAAUGAUUCUGGGCAAGUCCGUGUCGUCCGCCGAUGGCCGUCUGACAGGUAAAUACCACCGGGCCUGUUUUGUGUGCCACCAUUGUCGGACACCCUUCCAGACGGCCGACUUUUACGUCCUGGAGGACCGCCCCUUUUGCGCCCAGCACUACCACGAGCGAAAUGGCUCUUUGUGCCAGACCUGCCAUACCGGAAUCGAGGGCCAGUACCUGGAAACGGUGGAGCGUCGUGGGCGUGGGCCGGCGGACCGCCAGAAAUUUCACCCUGAUUGUCUGAAGUGCCGCACCUGUCAGAUUCCUCUGAAAGGGGAGUAUUUCGAGUGGUAUGGCCAAGUCUACUGCGAGCGCGACGCCCGACGGGCUGCAGCAGCGACGCCGCCGCCGCCUCGUCCCCGCCGCCCGACCAUGCCUUCCUCUCCGUUGGCGCCAUCCAUGCGCGGAUACCCUCCCCCUCCAGGAUACCCGGGCCCUGGACCGAUGCCUGGACCCGGCCGAGGCCGGGGCCGCGGUCUCCGGCCGCCGGGACCGGUUGAUGGACCGUACGCCGCGACCGGGCCGCUCCCGCCUGCGCGACGCUUCCCCGAGCGGCGGACCACCAAGUUGAUGAUGAUAUGAUAUUCUGAUGGCUGUUCGUCUACCUAAAUAAUCUCACGGACGGCUCCAUUUUACCGUCUGUUUUAAUUGCAACCAUGUUUCAAUUCCAGCGGGUGCGCCUUCCAUUUCCUGCUUAUUCUGUGACCUAGAUUCUCGCCAUAUACCCUUCCACUUUGCUUCUCCAUAGAUUUGGGGUUUGUUGUUUGUGUUCUCUCCUGGCUGGCGAGGCUGAAAUCGGGUCACUUGGGUUACUGUAUGUUGAUGUCGUCCUAAUGUCUACCCUGCAUAAUGUAUGGUGUUGUAUGAGGCUGGCUGGAUACUCCUGUUCACGGCAUGUUAGAGCUAUGUACG